AUGCUGCAUCGGGCGAGAUUUGUUCUAAAGAAUUGGCUGCUCCAUAGCGAUAGUUCCUGCUUAUCUGGUAGAGUAAACGCUUGUUUGUUUCUUUCCUGUCUGCGGCUAUUCUCCAGCGACCCAACUGCUCCAGUCCCUUUCGCUGUGUUUUACCUCAUAAACGAAUGCGGGGUUCGUCCUGAAUCUACUGCUUCUGCUGGUAAGUACAUCCAUUUCGAAACCCCAGAGAGAGCUGAUGUAGUCCUGGGCUUUUUCAGGAACCUGGGUUUCACGGAUUCCCAAUUGCCUAAGGUUUUCGGUAGGCACCCCCGGCUCCUAGUGUCUGAUCCUGAUCAUCACACUUCAUUCCCAGGAUUAGGUUUUUGGAAUCCAACGGCUUCUCAACCUCCGACAUUGCUCAAAUCUUGCUUAGAACUCCCGAGAUACUUCACGCCAUCAUAG